UUAUUGAUUUAUGUUUGAUUUUAGGAUUUAGCAGGUUUUACUUAACUUACAUUUACUUCAUUGUAAUAGAAGUAAAAAGAAUAAACAAUGAAGCAGCCCGUGGAGCCAAGCAAAGAAGAUUGUUGUAAUAGUGGUUGCAAUCCUUGUAUUUUUGAUGUUUAUGAAAAGCAAUUACGAAAAUAUCAAAUCUUUUUAACACAAAAUGAAUUGCCUGUAACAACUGAGAAUGGAAUACUACAAUUAGAAUAUACUACAUUUUUUGUUCAUAAUAUUUAUUUCAUAUGCGAUUCUCAUAAGCUAAUAACAUUUAAAAGGUUACGGCAGGAAAAAAAUAAACAACCAGUACAAUGGAACCCUGGUGAUCAUUUUUUGAUUAAAUAUUGCUCUGAUAAUACAGUGUGCACACGUGCUUACACACCUAUAAAAUUAAAAGAAAGUUGUCAAGAUGAUUUCGAUUUUUCUAUAAUUUUAAAACAAUAUAAUUCUGGAAUAGUUUCAACAUAUCUUUUCAACUUGCAAAAGGGAGAUGAAACAUUAUGGCGUGGGCCAUACGGCUCAUAUGAAAAAAUGCCUACCAAAUAUAACAGAAUAAUUAUGUUAGCUCAGGGUACAGGAAUAGCGCCAUUUAUUUCAAUAAUAGACAGCAUAUUGAGUGAUGAAGAUGAUAUGACUAAGAUGUUCCUUGCUUAUUGUUGUCCUUCUAUAGAUGUGAUAUUGUUUAGGAAUGAGUUGUAUAACUUUAAAUCUUUUUGGAACUUUACAUAUAAAGUUUUUCUUAGUUCUUCUUCUGACCACAAAAAUACUAAAUAUCAAGAACCCAUAGUUUAUGGCAAAUUAAAAUGUGACGAUUUGGUAAAUUUGAAGCCUUUUACAUCCAAUGAUCAAGUGUUAUUAUGUGGUUGUUCUGAUUUUAUGGAGGAAUACAAAGGUUUUUUCAAAAAUGAGGGAUUAUUAUUAGAUAACAUUAUUUUAUUCUAA